GCCACCUUGUGUAGAUGAGUACCCGCACAUAUGCCCACAGGAACGAUGGGAAGAGAGCCGCGCUGAGGGAGGAGAUCCUGCAGCACCAAUGUGGUGCGCACUACCUCCGGCGGGACGACGGUCGCGUCGGGCGGCAUCGAUGGCACCCGGUGCUUGGCCCUGCCAGCCUGAACAUGAACACGAAGAUGAGCAGCCGUCGCUUCAGGACCCACCCGAUCACCUGCAAGAAAAGCAGUUUGACGAAGCCCGUGGGAGCGAACACCGUUCCCAGACUGCAGACGAGCGUGCAAAGCAAGUCCUUGGCACAUAUUUUUAGCAUUCGCAUGAAGAGCAGCAGGCACAGCGAUGAAACGGUGGCCACGAGGAGGAACAUGCAGAAAACCCAGUCGGCGAGCACGCCGAGCACGCGCUUCGCGAGCCGUCGACGAGCGCUGGUGGGCCAUCUCAGCCGAUGAACGUGCACACCACCGGAGCAGCGCCAGUAGCCAUAGACAUGCAGCGGAGAGAGGGGCGCGUCUGGGGCCCCGACCUAGCAUGCGGCUUGAGCCAAAAUGGCUACGGUGGCGAGGAGGAGAAGGAGGAGGAGGAGGAGGAAGGGUGAGGAAGUG